CCGGGUCGGCGCGCCCGGGCGGCCGGCGGGCGCGGGCCGGUGCGAUGGAGCCGCAGCACGUGCGCCCCGCGCCCGGCGUCCGCAGCCCCGCCUGGGAGGAACCGGACUCCGAGAGGAUGGCCGGGGCCGGCGGCCAGCACCACCCUCCGGGCGCCGCGGGAGGAGCGGCCGCCGGGGCCGGAGCCGCGGUGACCCCCGCCGCUGCCUCGGCGGGGCCCGGAGAGGAUUCGUCCGACAGCGAAGCGGAGCAAGAGGGACCCCAGAAGCUGAUCCGCAAAGUGUCCACCUCGGGGCAGAUCCGGACCAAGACCAGUAUUAAAGAGGGACAGCUGUUGAAGCAAACCAGUUCUUUCCAAAGGUGGAAGAAGCGAUACUUCAAACUUCGAGGCCGCACACUCUAUUAUGCAAAGGACUCAAAGUCUCUGAUAUUUGAUGAAGUUGACCUCUCCGAUGCCAGUGUAGCUGAAGCAAGCACAAAAAAUGCUAACAACAGCUUCACGAUAAUCACUCCCUUCAGAAGACUAAUGCUGUGUGCCGAGAACAGAAAGGAGAUGGAGGAUUGGAUCAGCUCACUGAAGUCUGUACAGACCAGAGAACCUUACGAGGUGGCCCAGUUUAAUGUGGAACAUUUCUCAGGGAUGCAUAACUGGUACGCCUGCUCCCAUGCCCGACCCACUUUCUGUAACGUGUGCCGAGAGAGUCUCUCCGGAGUCACCUCCCAUGGCCUGUCCUGCGAAGUGUGUAAAUUCAAGGCUCACAAAAGAUGUGCAGUGAGGGCAACAAACAACUGCAAAUGGACGACACUGGCCUCCAUCGGGAAGGACAUCAUAGAGGACGAAGAUGGAGUGGCUAUGCCGCACCAGUGGCUUGAGGGUAACUUGCCCGUGAGCGCCAAAUGUGCUGUCUGUGACAAAACGUGCGGGAGCGUUCUCCGUCUUCAAGAUUGGAAAUGCCUUUGGUGUAAAACGAUGGUACACACUGCCUGCAAAGAUUUAUACCACCCUAUAUGUCCACUUGGCCAAUGUAAAGUGUCUGUCAUACCUCCAAUUGCACUAAACAGCACUGAUUCUGAUGGUUUCUGUAGAGCAACAUUUUCAUUCUGUGUUAGUCCUCUAUUGGUUUUUGUCAAUUCUAAGAGUGGAGAUAAUCAGGGAGUAAAGUUCCUUCGACGAUUUAAACAGUUGCUAAAUCCGGCUCAGGUGUUUGAUUUAAUGAAUGGAGGGCCUCAUUUAGGUUUAAGAUUAUUCCAGAAGUUUGACAAUUUCCGGAUUCUUGUCUGUGGAGGAGAUGGAAGUGUAGGUUGGGUUUUGUCAGAAAUUGAUAAGCUCAACUUGAAUAAACAGUGCCAGCUGGGAGUGUUGCCUCUGGGUACAGGAAACGACCUUGCCCGGGUUCUUGGCUGGGGAGGUUCAUACGAUGAUGACACUCAACUUCCUCAGAUAUUAGAGAAGCUGGAAAGAGCCAGUACCAAAAUGCUGGACAGGUGGAGUAUAAUGACCUAUGAACUCAAAUUGCCACCAAAGGCUUCUCUACUUCCAGAACCUCCAGAAGCAUCUGAAGAAUUUUAUAUGACAAUUUAUGAAGACUCAGUUGCAGCUCAUCUUACAAAAAUCCUCAAUUCUGAUGAAGAUGCAGUGGUCAUAUCAUCUGCCAAGAUACUGUGUGAAACUGUAAAGGACUUCGUUGCCAAAGUAGAGAAGGCACAUGAAAAAACGUUGGAAAAUGCUGUCGUAGCCGAUGCCGUGGCCAGUAAAUGUUCAGUCCUAAAUGAGAAGCUUGAACAGCUGCUCCAGGCUUUGCACACAGAUUCCCAGGCUGCUCCUGUCCCGGGAGGCCUCAGCCCUGUCAUUGUAGAAGAAGAUCCUGUGGAAUCUUCCAGCGAAGAAUCCUUGUGUGAAAGCAGGGAACAGCUUUUAUAUGACACUACAAAACCUUCUUCCCAGAAAGCGGUCAGACCAAAGGAAAUAAUGUUGCGGGCAAACAGUUUAAAGAAAGCGGUGAGGCAAGUCAUUGAAGAAGCCGGAAAAGUUAUGGAUGACCAGACAGUUCACCCCUGUGAACCAGUUAAUCAGUCAUUCGAUUACGAUAGUACAGAAACAGAUGAAUCUAAAGAUGAUGAUGCAAAAGAGUCGUUAACUGUGAAAACUGCACCUCGGUCUCCAGAUGGCCGGGCAAGUCGUUCCCAAACUGACUCUGGCCCUGGACCAGCCGUGGCAGCCAGCAAAGAAAACCUCCCUGUGCUCAAUACCAGAAUAAUCUGCCCAGGUUUAAGAGCAGGACUAGCUGCCUCAAUUGCUGGGAGUUCUAUUAUCAACAAAAUGUUACUGGCAAAUAUUGAUCCUUUUGGUGCAACGCCAUUUAUUGACCCAGAUCCAGAUUCAAUAGAUGGAUAUUCAGAAAAAUGUGUCAUGAACAAUUACUUUGGGAUUGGAUUAGAUGCGAAAAUUUCGUUAGAAUUUAAUAAUAAGAGAGAAGAGCACCCUGAAAAAUGCAGGAGCCGAACUAAAAACUUGAUGUGGUAUGGUGUCCUUGGAACCCGGGAGUUAUUACAGAGAUCGUACAAGAAUUUAGAACAGAGGGUUCAACUUGAAUGUGAUGGGCAGUAUAUUCCUCUCCCCAGCCUGCAAGGAAUAGCAGUGUUGAACAUUCCCAGCUAUGCCGGAGGCACUAACUUUUGGGGUGGAACUAAAGAGGACGAUAUAUUUGCUGCACCAUCAUUUGAUGACAAGAUCCUAGAAGUCGUUGCAAUAUUUGAUAGCAUGCAAAUGGCUGUUUCAAGGGUUAUUAAGCUGCAGCAUCAUCGAAUAGCUCAGUGCCGUACAGUGAAAAUCACUAUAUUUGGUGAUGAGGGAGUCCCGGUGCAGGUGGAUGGUGAAGCAUGGGUUCAGCCUCCAGGGAUUAUCAAAAUUGUGCACAAAAACAGAGCUCAGAUGCUAACAAGGGACAGGGCUUUUGAAAGCACUCUGAAAUCUUGGGAAGAUAAACAGAAGUGUGAUGCUGGUAAACCAGUUCUUCGAACCCAUUUGUACAUCCAACAUGCCGUUGACUUGGCAACAGAGGAGGUGUCGCAGAUGCAGCUCUGCUCCCAGGCCGCGGAGGAGCUCAUCACCAGGAUUUGUGAUGCAGCCACGAUCCACUGUCUUUUGGAGCAAGAACUGGCCCACGCUGUGAAUGCAUGCUCCCACGCACUGAAUAAGGCCAACCCACGGUUCCCAGAGAGUCUUACGAGAGACACUGCCACUGAAAUAGCCAUCAAUGUGAAGGCACUGUAUAAUGAAACAGAAUCUUUACUAGUUGGCAGGGUUCCUUUGCAUUUGGAAUCUCCACAUGAAGAGCGGGUAUCCAAUGCCUUACAUUCUGUGGAGGUGGAGUUACAGAAGUUAACAGAGAUUCCCUGGCUUUAUUACAUCUUACACCCAAAUGAGGACGAGGAGCCUCCUAUGGAUUGCACCAAGAGAAACAACAGAAGUACAGUAUUUCGUAUAGUGCCAAAAUUUAAAAAGGAAAAGGCUCAGAAGCAGAAGACAAGUUCACAGCCUGGACCUGGGGAUACCGAAAGUGGGUCAUGUGAAGCGAAUUCUCCAGGGAAUUAAAGAGCUCGGAAGAAGCACUCCCCAGGCUGAGGUGUAAUCAUACUGGUGCUAUUCCUUGCAAGGGAAGUAAUCGCUACUUAAUACAAAGUUCUUGAAGCAAUUGGCUAGUCUUGUAGUUUUCUCCCUAGCUGAGUAAGCACCACUGAAGCACCUCUACGGCUCGAUAUUUUGCUUUGGGUGAAAAUUUUGAUUUGAGAUCGUAGAAAAUAUUUUGUGCCAAAAAAAUACAUUCCAUGAAGCCAUUUUCUUAUUGUGCAGAUAAUAUGACAUGUUCAAAUAUGCUUAUAUUAGUAAGAAGGAAGGGGGAAUCUGAGACAAUUGCAUGGUCUAAAAGGUGGAAUUGCAAGAUGUUUACUUUCCUUAAAUUUGUCAGAUGGAAUGUUCUUACCAUGCAACUGCAUAACAAUAUGUGGCUCACACUUCUUAGGUUUUGUUAUUGGAAGCGUUGGCUUCUUCCUUAAAUUAUUGGUUAGGAGACUAGGAUGUAAAUUAAGUUAUAUUUUGAAUGUUAUAUUGGUAUCACCUCAGAUUCCUAGCACUCAGUGGUCAAAGAAUAUGGUUCAAACCCCUCAAAUACUAUGAAUGAAUGCAAAUCUUAAUGCACGAUGUUUCUGCCUGAAUUGUCUGUCUUUCUCUUGCAUGUCACAUCUAAUAUUGUAACACUUAGCUUUAGUGUCAAUUUUAAUGGAGUUUAAUUUAUUACUACCUAAGUACCUUUUUGUUGGCUAAAGGCACUUUUCUAUUCUUUGAUGUGGAAUUUUGCAUAAAUAUUCUGUAUCUUAGAAUUUGUGAACAUGUGUCUGUGCCAUAAUCAACAAAUGAUAUACAUCUUAUGCAAGCCAAUUUUAUGUCAGCCUAUCAUAAACAGUAGGUGUGCACAUUAAGAAAAUUCUCUGGAUAUUUUCAUAAAAUUACAUGUUCUUUUGCCUAACAAAACUUAUUCUAGCUUUCCAAACCAAAAUUCCCACAUUUUGUUCCUAUUUUUCACUUCAAUUUAAUAAUUAUUUAAUACUUUGUUUGCAUUUGUAAUAUAGUAGACUGUUGACAUCCAGGAAUUUCCCCCGGAUCUUAGCUGGGAACUGUGUACUGACUGGGCCACCCAUGAGCUAAAGUGACUCCUGACAUGAACUUCCCAACAAAAGAGAUUUAAAAUUUUUCUUAAGGGCUUUACAUUAUUAUUAUUAUCUCACUUAUUUAUAUCCUAUCGGGUAGAUACUAUUUUUCUUUUUCUAAACCGCUGUACUUCAGCAUAGCUCAUUAGGAGUCAACAUUACAAUGAUCAAAUCUUUGAAAGCCAAAGGCAUACAUAUCAAAAAGUCACAAAAAUAUCCUUAAAUAAGCUUUCUUUAGACAUUAUAUACCAAAAAUAUUAGCUAUAAUGUUGAAAAAUCUUCUCUAUAAGAGACAUAAACAGGGUACUGACCCAGAGGUGACAAUUUUCAUAAAGUAGCCUUCUAGGUAGGUGCUCAAUAGAUAUACACACACACCUAUAUACAUAUACGCAUAUGUGUAUAUACACAAAUACACAUUUAUAUGUAUAUUCACACUUAUGUACAUGUAGUCUUGAAAUAUACUCUCAUUGAUAUUUUCUAAACAAUUAUUUGCCGAAUGCUUAAAGAGAAAUAUUGAUGGGAAAGCAUUUAAAAUGAACUCUUGUCAGACAUAUGAUUAUAUCAAAAGAGUUCAAAUAUUUGACACUUUAUUCUCAUUUAUAACUUGGUUAUUUAACUACUAGUAUCAUCACAAAACUUAGAUAUCUUAAAAAUAAAUGAACCUGAUGGGUUCCUGACCAAGGGUUUACCUAAGUUGUGAAUAAAUGGAGAUUUUCCAAAGGGAAUCAUAUCAAGUAGCUUAAAAGAGUACAGAGCUACUCACUUCAUUUUAAUGUUACCCACACCUAUGAAAUCAAAAGUCUUCAUUUCCAGUUCCUUUUGUAGUCCCCACCCUGCAGGGCGUCCUGCUCUUCUGGGCACUUCUCUGUGAAAUCAGAAUAUGAGGUGCCGGAUUCUCGGAGCUCUUCUCAGAUCACAGCCCCCGUCCAGCUCCACCAACAAAGGAAAGGGUGGGGCAAGGAGGCGAGGAGCUCUAGAGAAGAAUGAAUUAAUGUAAAAAUCUUUAUUGGUUUUUACUCUCCCAAAAUACCCCUUUGGCAAUAGAAAAGAUUCUCAAGCUAUUAUGUGUUUAGAAUUUAAGACUAAGAUGUAAAUGAUUGAAUUUUUUUUUGUUUGAUGUUGAUCUUUCACUCUCAGGUAACAUCUUUUUGUAUGCUGUAAAACCUCACUUAAUGGAAUCCUUAGCUAGAAUUUUCCUGCAAGUGGCUUUUGGAUGAGGCAAAUCCUUUAAAAUGGCAAUUUUGAUAUCUUUUUUUUGUUAAAUGAGAGCAGUUUUUCCUGUACACUUUGUCUAGCAGGGCUGUGUGGGACCCAAAUGACUUCACUUACCAGGUUUGCCAGGACAGAGCCCUCAGAGUCUCCUUAGGGCCCUGUCAGCGUCACAGAGGAGCCAGCUUCUUAUAGCAGAUGGGGUUACAGAAAAGGGAAGAGCUUCUGCAUGGAUCUGAUCACAGCUCUGGGGAGUCCCCGUGGGGACUGUGUGCCUUGCUUCACACAAGCUGAGCUGAGAAGCUCAAGCCUGCUCCUCAUAGCCAGGUCUCACCUUUCCUCCCCACUAGGCUCUCCCUCUCCUUGAUAAUUCGGGAGGGGAAUCACAGCCAACAUCCACUUCCUUUCACUCUCAUUUUCCUGAGGAAGAACUUGCUUUUCAAGAAGGAAAGGAACACAGUCAGGCCUAAGUAAAAUUUCAGAGUACUCAAUUUUUCUCUUCGGUGUCUUUCCACCUCCCUUUCUGAGUUCCGUUUCCGCUUCCUGGCUUCCUGUUUUCCCACAUGCCCAAUACAGUGGUGGUUGCUCACAUUCUCACUGCUGUGUGCUACCCUUUCCUCAACUUUCCCACUACAAAAUUACUCCUUUCAUCUCCCCACCUUAGCACCCGUUGUGGGUCAUCUAGUGAAGUGUUAGGAAUAAAACAAUUUAAAGAAACUAAUAUCACAGUUUGCAUUUUAUAAAAGGAAAUGUGCUAAUCUAAAUGAAUUUAUGGAUUAGAUAAUUUGGAGGCCAUGAUAUAUAUUGAUAUCAUAUAUAUAUUCCUCUGGCUGAGAAGAGGUGACCCGUGACUGUCCAGAUCUGUGCUGUCCAAUAUUGUAGCCACUAGCCACAUGGGGCUAUUUAAAUAUAAAUUAAAUUAGAAAUUUAAUUUCUCAAUUAUUAGCCACAUUUCAAGUGCUCAGUAACCACAGUGGACAGUACAGAUAUUGAACAUUUCCAUCAUUGCAAAAGUUCUACUGGAUAGCACUGGUCUAGAUCAUUGUUGUGGUCCAUGGACCAGCAGCAUCUGUAUCACCUGGGAGUUUAUAGAAAUGCAGAUCUCCUCAAGACCUACUGAAUCAAAAUUUUCCUUUUAACAGGAUUCAUUAAGUUAUUAGCACUGGCCUAGAUUUGUUUUAUCCCUCCUAGAUAUUAAGAAUCUGAGGUCUUCAAAAGGUCCUCAGAAUAGCUCACUGCCCAAUCCAUUGUUUCCUAUCCAUUCUCCAGCUAAUCCCAGAAAUGAGCUGAAACUCAUUUAUCACUCCAACUGAGCUUCCUUCUCAAUCAUUAUUCUUAUUUCUGGUUCCAGAUGAGCCCUACCUUCCCGGUUGUUAUGUUUUAGUAGCUAAGGUGGAAUACAGGAGAUUGGCUGACCAGCACAGCUGGCCUUUCUCCAACCUUUCAUCCCACGUCUACGUCACAAAUAUCUCCAUUUGCUCAGUUUGCUGCUCAUGUGGCAUUCUCAUUUGUUCACAACUUAAGUCACAAGGAACAUUUCAGAAGAGUAUGUACUGAGGUAAGACCGGGUCAGUCUCCUACCACUUGUACAUUUUCACUUUCUCUUACAUCUUAUCAGUAGAUUAUCCUGUUGACAUAGUUCAUGCUUGAGAACACACAGCAGUGCACACGCAUUACAUGAAUCAUUAGGCAUGCAAAAAAGAAAAAAGAACUGAAAUGAUUACAAGUAAAGUGAAUGUGUCGUCAAAGCCCUGAAAGAGGGCACGUUUUGCUAGACUAAAUGUUUUUCUUAUUACGCUAACUUAUCUUGAUUUUCAGAUAGUUAAUAAUUCAUUAAAAUAGUGCCUGAAAAAUAAUACAUCAUAUUCCUGAUCCUCAAAAUACAAAUUACUUAAUUCUGUAAUAAGAUCUUUCCCAAUGACUUAUUGUCAAUAAUCCUUCACUUAAUAAUUUUUGUAUAUUGAUAUAAUUUACCAAAACAUGACUGCCUAGAGAUUCUUUAGCUGAUUUUCAUGAAUAAAGUGGGCACCGCCUUAAUCUUCAAGGAAGUUGUUUUUAACAGGAAUUGAGGAAGGAAAUAUUCAUGCAAAGCUGUGACUUAGAAAAUUAUAGUGGAAGCCUCUAUAUAUCGUUUUUAACAUAAAUUAUCUAUUAUCUCUGACUGGGCUGACAACAUAAUGGACUUUCACUUAUACAGAUAUGAAUUCUUUACAGAUAUAGCUUUUCAUUAAGCUAUAAAAACAUUGCAUCUCUCAACCCUGACAUCUAGGAUCUCUCCUGCUGCCUCCCCCCAAAAUGGACUUAUCUUGCAUUUCUCAGAUGCAAGUUGAAUAAAACAGUGGGUUUAGAGAUUGAUGAUACAAGUGGCAGUUUUAAAGCACCGAAUUCUUUAAAUCAGCUGAAAAGCGUGAGAAGUGAAGAUUUCUCAAAUACUAUUGGUCAAUGGAAUAGCCUCCCCAAACGGUUCCCACUGGGCUUGGCUGCCACGCCUCUCUCUCUCCUCUCACUGCCCUACGCCAAGUGCCACGGGGCCUGGGACUUGUUCGUCUCUGCCAUGACAUCUCCACAGUGACUUUUGUAUAACGGUCUCUGUGUCAGAGAAAUAAUGUUGCCUUUGCAAUAGGAUGCCUUCCUAAAGAAACAACCAGAACUUUACAAAGGCAAUGACUAUUGGUUUUUAUAACAUGCAAAGCAUUAAUUUUUUAAUCUUCGUUACUAUUUUCUCUUUAUUAUUUUCUCCAAGUUUUGUUUAGGGAUAUUUCUGUUAGAAGAAAAAACUAUAAAGGUGUAUCACUAUGGAGAACAGAGAGAUAAAAGACAGCUGGACUGUACCUAUUUGUAUACUUCCUUCUGUUAUUUUCAGGAAAAGAAGUUUAACAGAGUAACUGAGACUGCGUUAAACUCAGUAACGAUGUUUCAGAAAAACCCAUAUUACUAAUAUAGGUGAGCAGAUUAAUUCCUUGUAUGUAACUAAGAUAUUCUAUUUACAUAUAUUUAUAUCCUCUGAAUUUUUUUAUGCACUUCCAAGUUUUAGUUGGAAAAAUAGAAACCAAGCCACUAUUUAAAAGUUAGAAAACACCACAUAAAAUACUUCAUUUUAGCUACAAGUUAUUCAUUGUAUGGGAAUUUAUAAAUAGUCUGAGUAUUUCAUAGGAACUGCAUUUCAAGAAUAAAUUAACCAAACCUCAGAGAACUUAGGGUUACUUUUAAAAUACAUUAAAAUAAGUUUCGUACUCAAUCGAUACUACCAUUGAAGUUGGAUAAUGCAGUUAGAUAUACAAGCUAAAAAGGAAAAAGAAUAUAUUUUGUGGUUCUUACUGUUUGAUUGCACUACGUUUACCACAGCUUAGCCAUAUCUAUUUCUGUAGUCUAAGUAUUAAGCUGAUAUGUAGCUAAAGAUUUCUUACAGUUCUGGUAACUGGUAACUAGUGCUGUGAAAGGUUUUCGUAUUGUAACAUUCCCAGUUUUGUGAGCUAUAUAUUGUAUAUUGAAGAUGACUAAUAAAUUGGAGUAAUAUAUUUAUCUA